UAGCUACAUCCGGGUCCUUCCGGCGAGUUCACGUUCUUUCUCGUCCUUUCUCGCGAGACUCAGGGGCAUGCUGGGUAAUCUACUGUUCCAUCCAACAUGGCGGCCUCCAGGUUCUUCCUUCGACAUUGCCUCCAGCAGCUGGGGGUUAGGCACUGUUACACAGCUACUCGACCAAACAUCGCCAUAGGCAAGGACACCAAAGUCAUCUGUCAAGGUUUUACUGGGAAACAGGGAACAUUUCACAGCCAGCAGUCCAUAGAGUAUGGGUCCCAGAUGGUGGGAGGGGUGUCACCAGGGAAGGGAGGCAAGACUCACCUUGGACUACCUGUCUUCAACUCUGUCGCAGAGGCCAAAGAAGCCACAGGCGCCGUGGCAUCUGUCAUCUACGUGCCGCCGCCAUUUGCCGGGAAGGCCAUCCUAGAAGCCAUCGACGCAGAGAUGUCAUUGGUCGUGUGCAUCACGGAGGGGAUUCCCCAGCAGGACAUGGUCAAGGUGAAACACCGACUGGUCAGGCAGGACAAGACACGGCUCAUCGGACCCAACUGUCCAGGCAUCAUCAAGCCUGGAGAAUGUAAGAUAGGAAUCAUGCCUGGACACAUCCAUCAACCAGGAAACAUAGGCAUUGUGUCCAGGUCAGGAACCCUGACAUAUGAAGCCGUCCAUCAGACAACCAGGGCCGGCCUUGGACAGACGUUAUGCAUCGGUAUUGGAGGCGAUCCCUUCAAUGGCACCAACUUUGUGGACUGCCUGGAGGUGUUCCUGGGAGACCCUGCCACCAAGGGCAUCGUGAUGAUCGGGGAGAUUGGUGGCAGCAUGGAGGAGUCUGCAGCAGAGUAUCUCAAGGAACACAACACUGGUCCCAACAAAAAGCCAGUUGUGUCCUUCAUCGCUGGUGUCACAGCGCCCCCUGGCAGGAGAAUGGGCCAUGCAGGUGCCAUCAUCUCAGGAGGGAAGGGGGCGGCCCAGGACAAGAUCCAGGCUCUACAGGAGGCCGGGGUGGAGGUCACCAUGUCACCAGCCCAGAUGGGAACAACCAUGUUACAGCUGGUGUCUGGGUGACCCUGAACUUAGACACUCUGCUUUUCACUGUCCUAUUUUAAGGAAAUGCAGAAACUUGGAUUGUAGAGAAAAGGAGUUCAGCAACUUCCAAUUACACACAAUCACCCCCCCUCCCCAUAGGAUUGUUAUUGUCAAGAAUUGGUUGGUUUCUGUGGGACAUCUCUUUGCCUAAAUUUUUUGGUAGUGCCUUCACACUUAUGCAACCAUCUUGCGUGUACAUUGCUGGAAAAACAGCUAG